AUGGUUCGCGUCUUUCUGAAAGGCGGGGUUUGGAAGAAUUCGGAGGACGAGAUCCUCAAGGCCGCCGUCCAGAAGUACGGCAAGCAGCAGUGGGCGCGGGUGGCCUCGUUGCUCAACCGCAAGACCGCCAAGCAGGCCAAGGCGCGUUGGCACGAAUGGCUCGAUCCGGAUAUACGCAAAACGGAAUGGAGUCGCGCGGAAGAAGAAAAACUCCUGCACCUC